AUCUAGUGUUGUCUCUGGUGCACUCUGCGGCGAACCAGCCUCGUCUCGGUGUCAAACUGGUGCAUCGUACGACACCGGCGCAGGGAUACUUGCGAACGCGUUCUCCAGUGUCAAUGACCUCGAGUAUCCUGGAUAAAGCUGUAAGCCAGGACACGUUAAUUACUUCGGUGCUUAAAUAAUAGAGUCGACGUUCACCGAAGAGAAUUUUCUGGAUGUCAAGAUAAAGGGUUCAGGAGAAAUAGGCACCUUCGUGAAAGAGUAAAAGUUUCGACGGAAAGGUGUCAAGCUGUCUUGGGGUGCCAAUUCGGGAACGAGGAAGAGGAUGAUUGAAGCGUACAUUUAUGGCGUGAGAGUGACGCGUGCCGAUUGAAGCACUGAAGGUGGCGAUUAGUGCUCGAUGAAUGCGGGUGAUGAUAGAUGUUGCCACGGAGUGUGACCUAUCGCCAGCGCGUUUCCGCCAGCGCGUCCUCUCGUCCGUUGACGCAAUAUAAGUGAAAAACACGAGUCAAGAUCGGAACGCAAGAGAAAUCACGAUGAAUCUUCGCGCCGCGAAGUUCUACAAGCUGCUGGCGGUCUUCCUCUGCUACGAAGCAUGCAGCUACAGCUUGAUGCUGGACGAGGAUAAAGAACCGAUUCAUCUUACUGCCGUGGUGGGAGAGUACGAGGUGUUUAAUUGCGAUCUUGAUUUCCCACACGAGACGCCGAUUCCAUAUAUUCUUCAAUGGAACCGCGACACUCGUACGGUAUUCUCUUGGUAUGACGGACACGUCACGGUGGACAACGGUUACAAGGGCCGCAUACACCUGCUGGACAAUGCUGGUCAUCACGGAUAUGGCCAGGGUAGCAUAAAUCUUACGAAUAUUCGCGAAAGCGAUCAAGGCUGGUACGAGUGCAGGGUGAUCUUCCCGAAUCGUACACCAAAUUCGAGAAACAAUGGCACGUGGAUCCACCUCGGCAUUGAGGGUAUGUCGCCGUUUCCGACGACUGUUGCAGGCGAAACUCUGCUUGCGAUACCACCUGUCAAUAAAACUGCCAUGGAAGGCGAAACGGUCGAGUUCGACUGUGUCGCGAAGGGAGAAGGUACUAUCGUAACUUGGUUUCGUGAUGGAGUACCAAUCCCAGAAAUACAGGAUCUCAAAAGAAGGGCCGUUGUUGAUACUAAUGGAAUGCUAACCAUAAACCCAGCCGCCAUGGGCGACCUUGGGGAGUACACAUGCGUGGUGACCGGAGAUACCGGAGAUCAGCAAAGCGCAUCGGCCUUUCUCAAUGUACAAUAUAAGGCGAAAGUGAUCUACGCACCACGGGAAGUCUAUCUUCCCUACGGAAAACCAGCCCUCUUGGACUGCCACUUCAGGGCGAAUCCGCCCCUCACGAAUCUCCGUUGGGAGAAAGAUGGAUUUCUCUUUGAUCCUUACAACGUGCAAGGGGUCUUCUACAGGAGGAACGGAUCUCUCUAUUUUAGUAAAGUGGAUGAGACGCACUCGGGAAGUUACAGUUGCACUCCCUACAAUGAACUAGGCACCGCAGGGCCCAGCCCUUCGAUUUCCGUGAUAGUUCAAAGGCCGCCAAUGUUCACGGUAACGCCGCAACAUCUGUACAUGCGAAAGCUGGGCGAGAGCUUGGAAAUUCCUUGCGAUGCCAGAAACGGCGACAACGCGCAUCGACCAACAAUCGUAUGGUACAAGGACGGAUCGCCUUUGCCACCCGAAAGAACCAUCUUAAUAGGCGGUAACCUGACAAUAGAAAGAAUCCAGGAACAUGAUCGAGGAUUGUAUCAAUGCGCAGCUAGCAAUGAGGCAGCAACGGUCGUCGCGGAUACUGAAUUAAUGGUGCUGAAUGUACCACCCAGAGCCCCGUAUAACUUAAGCGCCAAUAGUAGCAACAACGCCGUCACCUUGACUUGGGUACCUGGAUACGUCAGACCCAAAAUGGAAUAUUCAGUAUGGUACAGACCCACGGACACGUCGGAAUGGAGAACCAUGAAAAUUCUUUCGAGGAAAAUUACGGAGGCGACGGUCAACAAUCUCUUCCCGGGACGAGAAUACGAGUUCAUGAUACUGAGCCAGGACAAACACGGCGACGGGAUGUUUAGCAAGGCGCUUCGAAUAUUCACUCAGCCGACUUCCGAUGAGAACUCGGCGUCGGAAUAUCGCAGUUCGCAAGACACUGAGAUCAUGGGGCCGCCGCGCAACGUGAGAGUUCAAGCAACGGUGGAGGGUUACUUGGUCACUUGGGAAUCACCUAAUCUAGGCAAGAACCUCGUUAGACUUUACACUGUGAGAUGGUACAGGGGGCCAUCCGAACAGUUGUACGGCAGGGCAGAAACAACAGACACUUAUUAUCUAGUAAAAACUUUGGAGGAGGAGAGCUUCUAUACUUUUGAAGUGGCAGCGAUAUCGCUUACGGACGAUGAGGCAAGCAGCGAGAGAGUCGGUCUGGAAGUUCCCGCUUAUCGUCGUAACAGGGCGAUUUCCAUGGGAAUUGUCGCCGGUAUAGGUUUUCUAGCGGCCGCUCUGGCCGCCGUGUGGUGGGCAAGGAAACGAUUCUGCCAGCCGUCUAACGAGAAGUAGCCAAGCAUAUGGACAGCACGUGUGCGUACUCAUACACAAAAAAAUAGUUAUUUGUGUGAGUUCAUAAUCAAUUAUAAAUAUUCAUGUCUCUCGCUAUAUACGAUCGUCAGCGAAUGACGUCGGAUUAGUAAAACGUAGCGACAUGUUAUACGUAAAGGAAAAACAGUUUUACGAAACGCAGAAUUAUACUUCGAAGACGAGACCUUCCAAAGUCUUUCGCGUCCUCAGACAAAAAUACGUAAAACAAAAAACACAGAAUAAUAUCUAGUGUUGUAUACGCAGUGAGAGAGAGAGAGAGAGAGAGAGAGAGAGAGAGAGAGAGAGAGAGAGAGAGAGAGAGAGAGAGAGAGAGAGACGGGAUGAAGAAGUCCAGAGGUUGGCUCUUUAGUCCCCGUUCCAAGCGACUCUUAUUUGCCGAGCUAAAUCGCGUCACUACCGAGUGUUCUUGCAUCAUUAAUUAUAUUGUACUUUGUGUGUCGUUUAACAGCUUUAUUAAAUAAUUGCACGUUAUAAAUGGCUAGAUUUCAUACGCGAACUACAGGUCGUCGACCGUUGAAUACGAAAUCGUGAUUUAAGAGGAAUAUGCUUAUUACAUAUAUUCUUUUUCUAUUGUAUAUAAAUUAUGCCCGCGUGCAUACACACACAUAUAUUCUUCCUUACUACUUUUACUGGUUUUAUUCGACGCGUGAUUGUCGUAUGUGCUUGUACAUCGCAAUAGUUGAAGUAAUUAAUAAAGAGAAGUGGGAAGUUGUA